CCUAACCAGGACACCUCUCCUCUCCUCGCAACUUGAAAGAGCAAGAGAAAAAGUAAUUAAAUAAAACAAAAAAUUCGUCCUCGCUAUCUAUCAUAACUUCCGCCAACCAUUCAGACGAUCUUUCAAAUUCUGCCUUCUCGGUUCCGUUACGGCUUGGAGUUCUUUUCUUUAAGCGUCUUUCCUCUGCCCUUCUAUUCGUACGCGUCGGAUACACAGAAAAGGCUUUCCCCUUUUCGCCAUUCUGGAUUUGGGAUCUUUCCUCUUGCAUGCUUCGCACGUCAUAGGUAAUCAUUAUCUUUUACUUGGGGGGUUCUGAAUGCUUGUGAUUUCGAUUUUGGCAAAUGGGUUUGGAUUGCGUGGCUUGUUGAUUUGUGGGUUGUGGCCGGAUUGGAUCAAGGGUUUAAGGAGCUCGAAUAAUGGGUGUUUAGGGUUUCGACAGGUGAGGUUGGGGCUCUGUUCUGUGGUGUUUGGUGGAAGAGGAAGGCUUUUGUGACCAGUUUAAUCCUGAAGUUAUCAAGUGGGAGGAAUUUGGUUGUUGUUUUAUCUGAAAGGUCGCAAAUUUGAAUUUUAGGACCAUUGACCUAGUUCUCUCUGAACUCAGCUUCUUCCUUUAGUAUAAACAAAACGAUUGUAUUUUUUUUCUCAUUUUGUUAUUGCGGUGUUGAAACUUCUUCUCUUUUUUGUACUACGGUUGUUCCACGUUUUAAACUCUGGCUUCUUUACAGGCUUUCCCUCUUCCUAGUGGUUUUCCUGUUUUGGGGCAAGAAAAGAAGACAGAGGUUUUGUGCUGACUAUAUCUGGGGGUUACUACUUACUGGAUAGCUGAAGUUAUGAUUGUUCAGGAACAAGAUCCUGAUGUUGUGCGGUGGGGUCUUCACAAUCUGAUCGACGUCUGUUCAAUUCGCAAUAAUGGUUCGUGUAGUGGUGUUACUCAGUAUGAAGCAGACCAAAGCCAAGUUGGUUAUGUAAGGGAGGGCUAUAACGAACCAGUAUAUAGCAACAAUUUAGAGAGCGAUGCAGUUAUUGCACGUGCUCUGCAGGAAGAGUUUUCUCGCAUAGCUGCUGCUGAAGCGUCUGGUCGACUUGGUAAUGGAGAAGAGUCCAUUGUUUCACAGAACUGGUUUAAUCCGUCAGGAAUUGAUCAUGAGAAUGGCCAGAGAAUGGGAGAUAAUGAUAACAUCAGAAAUAGGGUUCCCCACUGUAAACAAAACGAAGCAGAUGGCUUUAGUGAUAAAAGAGUAGAAGACAGUGAUGAAGGGCAAAUAUCAGUUUCUUCGUCUUUCCAUGAAGCAAAACGUCCUAGUGUGGAAGACAUGCCAUUUGAUUUAAACAUAGCGGAUGAGUAUGAUGAGUAUGCUAUUGAUGGUGAAGUGGGCAAAAGAUUCAAUGAGAAGAUGGUUCCUGUUCCUCAUUUACCUAAGAUUAAUGGAGAAAUACCAACUCAGGAUGAAGAGGUUUCAGAUCAUCAAAGACUCCUAGACAGGUUGAAGGUAUAUUUUCUCGUUGAGAAUAAGGUUCAGGGAGACGGUAACUGUCAGUUUCGUGCUUUAUCAGAUCAACUAUAUCGUUCUACUGAGUACCACAAAGUUGUCAGGCACCGAGUGGUUGAUCAGCUGAGGUCUUGUUCAGAAAUGUACGAGGGGUAUGUUCCUAUGGCUUACAGCGACUAUCUGAAGAACAUGUGCAAGCCUGGUGAAUGGGGUGAUCAUGUCACACUGCAAGCUGCUGCAGAUUCAUAUGGAGUGAAGAUAUUUGUGCUUACAUCGUUCAAGGACACAUGUUAUAUUGAGAUCACACCCCAUGUCGAGAAGUCCAAACGCAUUAUAUUCUUGAGCUUCUGGGCAGAGGUGCAUUAUAACUCAAUAUACCCGGAAGGAGAGUUGUUCUUGGCUGAGGAAAAGAAGAAAAAGAAAUGGUGGAAGCAGCUACUCUCCAAUUAGCAAUGGCCAAUGGGAAAUGAAGCAGGCUACCUUCCCCCUAGGGCAUUAACAGAAUGUUGCUACCGUUGGUUUUCGACAGAUCCUUGAUAAUCUUCCAUUGUAUAUGAUAAAAGAAAAACUUGCUCUCUUCUCAUCUCCCUACAGGAGAGUCCUUCCCAAUUUUGUCCAUAUAUCGACUAACUAAUCAAUUACAUUUCAUUCUUUCAUCUGGAUUGCACUGUAAAUAAUAGCAGCCCAUCGGCCUUAUAGUCAUUAUUAGUAUAUAACACAAAUCCUUUCAGUACUAAGAAUUUCUGGGUUCUUGGUAAUAAAGAUGAUAACUUUCC